UCUAUUAUAUUUUCUAAUUUCCAUUAUAAAAUUUGGAUAAAAGAUAAAUAUCCUAGCCACCCUGGGCUUGAGGCCUAUAGGCCAUUUCAAUUCUAGCAGGUUAGAGGGAAGGAUAACUCGGUUACAUAGAACAAAAGUCCUGCAAUCUCCGCUUCAAUGCUCUCUGCAAUCACUUCCACUUUGCUUCUCUCUUCAAAACCUCGAUUCCUCUCCAAACAAAGCUUUUGCGUUGCCCCUUCAACAUGCCCAAAAAGCUUCCUCAGCCCCACUUCUCCGCCUCUGAAGCCUCUUCUCUUGAAAUGCAGCAAUAACUCGGAGGAGAAAGAAAGAAGCAACGAUUUGAAGGAUGCCCUUUCUGGUAUUGUUGGCAAGCAGGUUGAGGAGCUCUUGAACAGAGAAGAGAAUAAAGAUUUGCUUGAUGGCUUGGAGAAGGCCUCACAGAGAGUAGAGAGGGCUAAGAGAGAACUUGCGGAAAUUGAAAGACAAGAACUUGAAGCUCAAUUAUUGAGAAAUUACAUUAACCAACUAGAAUCCAGGGCGUCUGAGAUUGCAGAGUGUCAGCAGGAGAUCUCACAAGCACGAGCCAUGGUUGAAGAAGCAGAACAAUCUCUUUCACUUAAUGAAGAUAAUGUUGUAGAUGGAGACGCUUUCAGCAGUGAAGAUGGUGAAGGAAUUGCUAUUGAUAAAGAGAGAUUAGAGUCCAUAAAAGCAGCUUUGAUAUCUGCACUUGUUGGCACCCUUGCUGGGCUCCCCAUCUCCUUCACGCAAGUUUCCGGUAGUACUCAGCUUCUGCUCCCUUUGUCAGUCACUUUUAUCAGCUGUGCAUUGUUUGGGGUAACCUUUCGCUAUGCAGUUAGGAGAGACUUGGACAAUUUUCAGUUAAAGACGGGCACAUCUGCAGCUUUUGGUUUUGUUAAAGGUCUUGGUACAUUGGGUGGAGGUCCACCUCUGGAACUGGACCCUGAGAGCUUCUUGUCGCAUGCUGUUGAUGGUGCAGUCUAUGUAUCCCAGAAUCUUAUCAUUUUUUUAUUUGCUGCAAUUGGCCUGGAUUUUUGCAUUAAAAUGAGGCUUCUAAGUCCUUUUCCCAUUAAAAGAUCAGCUCCAAAGACGAAUACAAGCAGAUACAUGGAAGGAAACAGUUCACAGAUUUCGGGAUUUCUCACCUUGGAUUCUCUUGCACCAUCAGGCCAUUGGAUUGCGUGUGAGAGAGUGCCUUCACUGGUGGAGUUAAUUCGGCCGCCGCUUUGUACCAUGUGAUCCAUACACCAAAAUCGGAAAUU